CUCAAUCCUCACUGCUACUCCUCACAAUGGCUCCAGCUGCUUACUCCGAUAUCCAAAAGUCCACCAACGACUUGUUGAACAGAGACUUCUUCCACUUGGCCACCGCUGCCGUGGACGUCAAGACCGUGGCUCCUAACGGCGUCACCUUCACCGUCAAGGGUAAAACCAACAAGGACGACACCAUUGCUGCCUCCGUUGACGCCAAGUACGUCGACAAGGCCACUGGCUUGACUUUGACCCAAGGCUGGAACAAUGCCAAUGCCCUCAACACCAAGAUCGAGUUGUCGGAAUUGUUGACUCCAGGUUUGAAGGGUGAAUUGGACACUUCGGUUGUUCCAAACGGCACCAGAAACGCCAAGUUGAACUUCUUCUACCAACAAUCGGCCGUCAACGCCCGUUUGUUCUUCGACUUGUUGAAGGGUCCAGUCGCCACUGCUGACUUGGCCGUUGCCCACGAUGGCUUCACUGCCGGUGCCGAAUUGGGCUAUGACAUCGCCUCCGCUAAGGUCAACAAGUACUCCGUUGGUGUCGGUUACACCAACUUGAACUACGCCUUGGCUGCCACUGCCACUUCCAACUUGUCCGUCUUCUCUGCUGCUUACUUCCACAAGGUGUCGCCUUUGGUUGAAGUCGGUGCCAAGACCACCUGGGACUCUGUCAAGUCCUCUUCGGUUAACGUUGAGUUCGCCACCAAGUACUCCUUGGACAAGUCCGCUUUCGUCAAGGCCAAGAUCGCCGACUCCGGUUUGACUGCCUUGGCCUACUCCCAAGAAUUGAGACCUGGUGUCAGAUUGGGAUUGGGUGCUUCUUUCGAUGCAUUGAAGUUGGCUGAACCUGUCCACAAGUUGGGUUUCUCCUUGUCCUUCACUGCUUAAGCGUAUUAGUAAUGUAACACAUUGUAGCUAUGCUAGAGAUGUGUUAUGAAGUUACGCUGUGUUAUUGUAGCUCUUAUAGCACACUAUGCUAAAUGUUGCUAUCUAUGCUAUGUACUGUGUUAAUUAGCUAAUGGACCAAAAUUACCCUCUUUAGAUCGCUGUCAGAAUUGACUACCUUUUCGCACUACCAUUCUUUUGUGCCACUGCGAGCAAUAUAUUCAAUUCAUG